UAGCUGAAGUCGCAUCGACGUAAUUUGCAGGUCAACAGAAAGGGCUGAGAGUGUAGGACCGGUCUUUUUUCUUUGGAGGCACCAGGUUACGCACAAGGCAUAUGUCUACACAUUCUUACAUUGGAACCUCAUCGGGGCCACAGAUCAGAAAUGAUGAUUCUUUCCAAGCAUCUAAUCAUUCGUCUCAUGGAGAGUCCCCCCGCGAGAAAUCUUCAGACACUUUCAUCCAUGAAGGCUCUCAGAGCGCAGAGGUGAAUCCCAGCCAUGCAGUUGAUUCUUCGAAUGAGAAGCAGUAUACUUCACAAGAACGGCCAGUGAAUCAUUCUGUACCUGCAUUCGACGGCAGCCACACGCCUGAGUCCGGGGAUGGCGAUUAUUCAGACGAAGAGACCAUUGCGGAUGCGUCCUCGCACAUGGAAACCACGACUCGAGUUUUGACUGACCCUUACGGAAACACUUAUCCAGAAGGAGGACGGCAGGCUUGGGUCGUGGUCUUUGGCAGUUUCAUGGGCCUUGUGGGUUCCCUGGGGCCAAUGAAUACUAUCGGGACCUUCCAGGCUUAUGUCUCGACACACCAACUGAAGGACGAAAGUGAAGGUGCAGUCGGUUGGAUCUUUGGUGUCUAUGCAUUUCUGACCUUUUUCUGCGGAAUUCAGAUUGGUCCAGUCUUUGAUGCAAAGGGCCCACGACUUCUUGUCCUUGCUGGUUCAAUCUGCAUCGUGGCUUCAUUUAUCAUCGUGGGCUUCUGCACUCAGUACUGGCAUUUCAUGCUCGUUCUGGGCGUCCUCAAUGGCAUUGGCACGUCCUUGUUGUUUACGCCUUGCCUUGCGGCCGUCGGGCAUUUCUUUUAUGAAAAGCGAGGUCUAGCUACAGGAAUGGCCGCUACUGGUGGCUCUGUGGGAGGCAUUGUGUUCCCUCUGAUGUUGGAUAACCUCUUUCCUAAAGUUGGGUUUGCUUGGGCAACUCGAGUCCUGGCCUUGAUAUGUCUGGUCACGGUAGGAACAGCAUGUCUACUAGUCAAGUCCAGACUGCCCUCGAAACCAGCGUCAAAGGAGAAUAUACUUCCGGAUUUCCGUAUCUUCAGGGAUCCCAUUUUCACGUUCACGACAGCAGGUAUCUUCUUUGUCGAAUGGGGCCUUUUCAUUCCCUUGAGUUAUAUAACAUCCUAUGCCCUGUCGCACAACAUCUCGCCUACCUUUUCCUACCAGGUCCUAGCCAUCCUCAACGCUGGCUCUUUCUUCGGUAGAUGGCUUCCCGGUUACGUCGCAGACUUCCUUGGUCGUUUCAAUGCCAUGAUCCUUGCCUCCGUCCUGUGCGUUUUGUGCAAUGCCUGCUUCUGGCUUCCUGCGGGCAACAGCGUCGCUCUGCUGGUCGUAUAUUGUGCUAUAUUCGGCUUCGCUAGUGGCAGCAACAUCAGUCUGACUCCUGUCUGUGUCGGACAGCUUUGCAAGACAGAGAACUAUGGCAGAUAUUAUGCGACGGCAUAUACCAUUGUCAGUUUCGGUACCCUUACUGGUGUCCCUAUUGCAGGCGAGAUCAUCUCCCGCUGCGAUGGUCAGUAUUGGGGCCUCAUCGCUUUCACGACUUGCAGCUACUUUGCCGGUCUGAUUUGCUUCACCGCCGCCAAAUUGCUUAAAGUCGGCCUGCGCGGAGCUUGGACUGUCUAUUAAUGUCUGAGUAAAGCAGUGUUUC